GGUACACCUGACACCGUUGAGCGCUCCAGAGGGACGCCACAACCAUUGCAGCCAGGUCAGUCUACAUUGAGUAUGUUCGAUCUUAAUGCUAACGACCAGGCAGGCCGCUUGAACGAAACACCCUCAGGUGGCACAAUGACCAAGUCUCGGGCCCGAACCGGGUAUCAGCGUGAGCUAGAGGAGCACAGAAUGCGGAGAGUAGAAUGGGCGUUAAGACGUCGCCGACGAGAUGCUCACAAACUCUUUGAGCAAGCCCGCGAAGGGGAGCGAUGGCUUCUCAAAGCCGCUCGCCGAAUCUCCGAACUGCCCCCAACUUAUGACAGCGAGGAGGAAGAAGAAAAUGGCGGGGUCGGCUUCGCUGGCAUUCUCGCUCGCCGAUGGAAUGGUGAACUGGUUGAGGGUGAACCAGGGGGAAUCCCUUCUGGCUAUGAACCCGAAGACUAUGGGGAGGAGGCAGAAAUCUGGACGAAGGUCAUGCGGAGAACAGCCCGUCGACUUGAACUGUGGGGUGGUGAUCGGGACAUCAACACCUAUACAGCGAGAGUCCAAAAGAAUCCCCAAACCGUUGUGGAAGAAAGCCUCCGUGUGCCAGCAGGUCGAGCUGCAACAAACGGUAGUAUGCGCAAAACGGUUGCCAGAAGAAGUGAGCGCUCGGUCGACUUGGAUCCACCCACUGCUACUCCUGUUAGAAGCACCGCCAAAGGGACGAUAACUGUCAAGUCACCCGAACUUCGCAGCGGUCGUGAUCUGAACGAUGAGAUUACACAGGACCUCCUUGCUGAACGAAGUGAUGAGGACAUGGACAGAGAAGGUGAUGACACUGCGGACGAAGUCGACGGUGAAGAUGGAGGCGACCGCGAGAAUGGCAACGAAGAGAGUGAUGUUGAAAUGGAUUAG